GUAUACACCCACCAAACCACCACACCGUCGUACGCGUCGUACACACCAGAAUCCGGAACGGAAGAGGAUUAAUCGAGCGUUGGACGUGCUGUCGACCGUGAUUGGUCUUCGAUCGCGAGUCCUAAUAAUAAGGAAGGAGGCUUAGUGUUUCCGACAAAUAUUUUGUAGUUCUGAAUAGGAAGGGGAUAUUGAAUAGUUUUAUAUUAAUUUAAAGUUAUGUGUGUUGUUGAAUUACAUGACAAUUGGUGCAACUGUCCCCAUUUUUUUGCAAUGAUGAAAAUACGGAAAAGAUAUGCUUGAGAAUCAAGUCAACAUAACUAGCUUUAUCAACUUGCUCUAAGUAUUGACCCUACAAAAGUUGUAUGGGUGUGAAUGACUGUGUUGGUGGUGACAUUAGCAUGAAUUUCGAUUCCAUUGGUCCUCACAAGGAGUUAAAUGCAGAUGACAUAAAAGCAGGGAAGAAAAUUUUAAAUGGUCUGAGAUAUUCGAGCAUGGUGAAACAACCCCAUAAUGGCCAUAGAGACUUUAGGGAAACUGAAUUGGGGACAGUUUUCACAUUUCAACAAAGUGACUAUACAAAUUCGUUACCUGUAAACUUAUCUGGGGAUAUCCCUUGCUUAGUUAAUGGCAAAAUGGACAAAGGAAUUAAAUCAAUUGGCGGGGUGGAAGAUGUAGAGGAAAGGCGUUCCAGACCACGACUACGUAACCUAAAGUUAGAUAUACCAAAUCCUGUGGUACCAUCUUUUGACGUAAACAAGGAACAUAUAUCAGGUGAUAGUAUUUCAAGAGUGUCUGAUACAAUUGCAAAGUUUGACACAACCCCUUCUCCAAAGCAUUUCAUCCCGAUUGUAAAUAAGAGAAGAUCCAGAAGUUUAUCUCCAUGUGUACCGUCACCAGCCUCUCUAAAAUCUCCCACCAUUCGUCCAGUCUCCCCUAGAAUACAACACCUGUGUUCUAGAUUCUCAGGCGAGGAGAAUAUUUUGCCAGAAUGUCAAAAAUUAAUGGAUUAUACUGAAAAGAUUGACCAACAUAGCUCCUCUGAUAUUAGUAGUGUAACUAGGGACAUGGGAAUGCCACAUAGUUUUAUAUCCAAUGAGCAAAAAUCAUCUAGCGAAGUUUCGGAAAACCAGAACUCAUGGGCAUUGCCUGUUGGACAAUCAAAUACAAGUACAAGUAACAAUGUGAAUUUAAGGAAUUGCCUGUCGCCCUGCAUUAGUCCAAGCAGUGGUUAUGGGAGUGGGCGCUACUCCAGUAGUCCUGUAAACUUAAGUCCACGGUGUCAUUCACCUGUCGCACAUAGUACCGAGUGCCAUGAUGGUCUCUCUCAAUCUAUGCAUACUAAAGCAUCAAGGACACAUAGUGUUGACAGUGGACACCAUAGUACAAAUUUAGACACUUCCGAUUUUCAAUUGCCAGAGAUGUUUGAUCGUAAUAUUAAAUCACCAAUAUCUCAAAAUUUCAUGGAUUCAUCUUCCAGAAGAUCUAAACUUCUAUCCCGUAGCUCACAUGUUUUUGAUAGCACUGAACUGGAUGUACCGGAGCCUUUAAUAUAUAGACCAUCAUCACCUGUUGAUGAAGGUUUUGAAGAAGGAAACAAAAGUGUGAAGACAAGCUCUGUAAAUUCAUCAAAUAAAAUUAAAAGAACGCAAUUAACUGUAAGAUUAAAAAAUAUAGGACCAGCAAGUCCAGAUCUUCUUGGCUCAAGUCUAAAAACAAUGGCAUUAUCGCCAAAGCCAAGACUCUGUGAGACAUCUAACAACACGGUUUGGAGUUCUGCCAGCUUCUCCAGUAUGGAGAUGCUGCCAUCUCCACCUGCUGUCAUUGUCACUGAUGAUUAUGGUGUCAGUCAAGACAAAGGCAUCUUUCCUUCAAACUCAUCAGUUGAUCAGAAUUCUGUUGGUGUUGCCAUUGAUGUCCCACAAAUUGACAUCCUACCUGCAGAUGAUCUCAAAUCACCAAAAAAGAGUUUACUUAAUAGGAAACUGUCGAACACUAGUACCUGUUCUUCCUUUAGCCUUGAUGAAUCGGAACAGGAAGAUAACAAUGAGGAUUGUCAGAUACCAACCACAGGCCAGAAAAAGAGGGUAAGUUGUUUUAAUUAACCUUUCAA